AAAAAGUGCAGAUACCGGAAACUAGAUAAAGCUUGAGUUGCAAUGGCGCUAAUUGCUGCUACUUUCAGCACUUCAUUGUUCCACUCCCUCCCUCCAAAUAGAAUCGAAGUAAAACCGGACAACAAACGGCGCCUCUGUGUUGCUUCGAAGUCGCAGGAUAAUAGUUCGAGCUCACGAAAUUCAGGAGGCAGUCAUAGGCAAGUGUGGAGGCGGAGAAAAUUGAUGAAAAAAGAUAAGGCGAAGAUAGAAAGAGUUCCGUUUCUUGAGGAACAGGUGAGGAGGAUAAGGGAGACAGGAGAGCUCCUGACAAUGGACAUCGAGAGGCUAUUGCUCUCGGAGGAUAACAGGUUUGAUUUUGUGAAUGAAGUGGCAGCAGAGGCGAAGCAGUAUGUAGAGAACAACCGUGAUGAGUAUGGUGCGAAGAAAGCAAUCCUCCACGUCAUCAGCAACCGUAUGAAUGACUCUGGAGUUCACCGUCCUGAGGCAUACAGAGAAGAUGAUCCUUUCAAGCCAGGUCCUGGCUUCCUAAGGCAUGAACUCUAUGAUAAAUAAGUAAUUCUUGUUUUUUUCUUUAUACCAAGUAUACGUGCAUGUUCUUAUUCGAGCUAGUAUUGAUAUUGCUGUGACCUGCUAUACCGAACUAUGUCUGAGAGGUAUUUUGGAUGCACUUGAAAAAGAUCACUAUCUUAUCUUCCCAUCAAGAUUCGUCAACCUUGGUUAGGUUAUUGGUGUUUUAAGGAGGAACCGGUGGCGAAGCCGGGGAGUCUUGUAAGGUGUAUUGUUACAUGACUAACUCUCCUUCAUUUUGUUGUAUGCAAUUAUGUUGUAAAGAUUAAGAUUGGAUCCCAUGAUUGCACAUUCAAAUUUGAGGCUUUUCCUUUAA